AUGUCUCAAAAUUCUGAAAAACAGUCGAGUCAAGAUGUUGUGGAUCCUACAGGACCAGCUGCCCGCAAAGGCGUACUUAUUUCGUUUAGAACCGGCAAAACAAUGGAAAUACCUGAAAAGGAUAUAUUAGGCAGAUGCAGAUUUGUUGGAGAGUUUGAGAAGUUAAAUCGCAUUGGAGAAGGAACUUAUGGAAUUGUUUAUAGGGCUAAGGAUAAAUUGAAUGGCAAUAUUGUUGCAUUAAAGAAGGUGAGAAUGGACGUGGAAAAAGAUGGCUUACCUUUAAGUGGUCUUCGAGAAAUUCAAGUAUUAAUGGCUUGCAAACAUGAGAACAUUGUGCAGUUAAAGGAGGUUCUGGUUGGACGUUCUUUAGAAAGCAUAUUUCUUUCAAUGGAGUACUGUGAGCAAGAUCUUGCAUCUUUACUUGACAAUAUGUCUUCACCGUUUACCGAGUCACAAGUUAAAUGCCUGAUGCUACAAGUGCUAAAAGGCUUAAAGUAUUUGCACUCCAAUUUUAUAGUGCACAGAGAUCUGAAAGUAUCAAAUUUGCUCUUAACUGAUAAGGGGUGUGUAAAAAUAGCCGAUUUCGGUUUAGCUCGUUGGCUAGGAGCGCCAGCACGUAGUGCGACACCGCGCGUAGUAACUCUAUGGUACAGAGCACCAGAGUUAUUACUGCAGUCACCUAAACAGACUCCAGCUCUUGAUAUGUGGGCGGCCGGAUGUAUUCUCGGGGAACUCUUAGCUAACAAGCCUCUUCUACCAGGCAGAACAGAAAUAGAACAGCUUGAGCUUAUUGUGGAUUUACUGGGCACUCCAUCAGAUGCAAUUUGGCCAGAGUUUAGCACCCUGCCGGCACUACAAAAUUUCACCCUGAAACAGCAGCCUUAUAACAACUUGAAACAACGUUUCCCAUGGUUGUCAGCGGCUGGGUUACGAUUACUCAACUUCCUCUUCAUGUACGACCCUAAUAAGAGAGCCACAGCUGAAGAGUGCUUACAAAGUUCCUACUUUAAGGAACAGCCAUUGCCUUGUGAUCCGAAGUUGAUGCCGAGCUUCCCUCAACACAGGAAUAUGAAGGGACAGCAAAAGAGCGCGUCCAACCAGUUAAACUUACCCCUGUCUAAUUUAAAUACGGGAGCUAACGAUCAAACCAACAAUUUGCCAGCCAUUUCAGAUUUGUUGGGUUCACUCGUUAAGAAAAGGAGGCUAGACUGA